AUGGUUCAACAAAAUUUAAGUGUAUCUCUGCCAACAGGGCAACAAAUGCCCAUAAUAGGAUUUGGAACAUGGCAUGCAAGUGGAGAAGAACUAGAAGCAGCUGUGGAUGCAGCUUUAACAGCAGGGUAUAGGCACAUCGAUACAGCUACAGUAUACGAAAACGAGCGUUAUAUCGGAAACGUUAUCAAAAAAUGGUUGGAUUCUGGCAGGAUCAAGCGAUCAGAUUUGUUUAUUGUGACAAAGGUACCACCAAGUGGUAACAGACCUGGAGAUAUAGAAAAAUGGUUGAAGCGAUCACUUUCUAAUUUAAAUUUGAGUUAUAUUGAUUUGUAUUUGGUGCAUACCCCCUUCGCAUAUCAAGAUGCAGGUGAAGAUUUUCAUCCUUUUAAUGAAAAAGGAGAAAUUUUGAUUGAUACAAACACGGAUCAUCUGCAAAUUUGGCAAACAAUGGAAAAUCAAGUGCUGGAAGGACGUACGAAAGCAAUUGGACUGUCCAAUUUUAACAUCGACCAGAUACAACGAAUUUUAGAUAACGCUAAGUUGCCUGUCUCAAAUUUGCAGAUAGAAUUGCAUGUUUAUUUUCAACAGACCGAAUUGGUAAACUUUUGUCAGGACAACAACAUCAGUGUAACGGCGUACGCUCCUUUGGGUUCCCGUGGAUUUGUCGAGAAAAUAGGAAAGGGAGACGCUACGCCGGACUUAUUAAAAAAUCUAACUGUGUUAGAAGUUGCGGAAAAAUAUGAAAAAACACCCGCACAAAUAUUACUUAAGCAUAUUGUUGAAAAAGGUAUAGCGGUCAUACCAAAAAGCAUUAAUCCUUAUAGGAUUAAAGAGAACAUCGAAUUAUUCGAUUGGGAACUCGAAGCUGGAGAUGUCGAAAAAUUAAAUGCUCUGGACAUGGGAGAAUCUGCACGCGUAUGUGAUUUCAGUUUCUUCAAAGGUUUAUCAAAGCAUCCAGAAUUUCCUUUCUAAUAAUUAUUUCUUAAUUUUAUCUCUCAUACAGAGUACUCCGAAAGCAAAUGAAACUAAUAAACAUAUACACUAUAACAAGAAAAUUCUCAAAAUAUUAAGUAAAA